AUGUCCCUGCAAAGCCCGCAGCCUUCUGCGGCGGCGGCCACCUCGGAUCUCCUCCUGCCCGCCGCGGUCGGCGACAAGCGUUCCUUGCUGAGUUGCAAAAUGAAUGAGGAGAGUUUGGAUCCCCCGGAGGUGGAGGCGGUGGCGGGAUCGGAGCAGGAAGAGGGGGUGGCGGCUGCGGAGGAGAAGGAGAAGGAGAAGGAGGAAGCGAAGGAAGAACGAAAGGAAGCGGGGAAAGAAAACGAGAAAUUGCCGCCCCAUCUGACUGAAUCUAGGACAGCUUCUGGGGGUUUGGAGAGAGGACCCAAAAGUGAUAUUUCCCCCUUCAGCAGUUUCAUUUCAAAUAUCAGCCAGAAGAAAGAACAUCCUGGAAGUGGAAGUUCACCUACACAAUUUGUUAUUGCAGAUAUAAAAAAUGCAAAAGAGCUCCCAUCCCUGGGCCAUGAUGUUAGGCAAAAACAGCGCACCUCUAUUGAUAUACUUCCACCAGAAAUGAAAGUUUCCAUUCCUCCAGAACCUUCUCUUCCCAUCCAAACAAAAACUGUGAAAGAUUUCCGGGAAGAUGUGGAAAAAGCUAAGUUAUCAGGAGACUGGAAAAUAGUGUAUGAUUUUUAUUCAACGACCUUUGAUUCUUUUCCAGAAGUCAAUAUUGCAUUUAAGAAAUAUACUGAAACACCUCUUAAUUCUAUGGAAGACUGCGGAGUUGAUUCUAAAUUUGUGAACAUUGUUUAUGAUACCUUAUUAAAUGCACCUCAAGAUAUCCAGAAGUGUGUCCUAAAAGGAAUAAUUAAUGGCUUAUUACAGGAAUGGAAAGGGCCACGAACGAAAGACGAUCUAAGAGCAUAUUUUAUACUUCUACAGAAUCCUCUGUUUUGUAACACAUCAACGUAUGUCAUUUUUGCUCAUUUGCUAAGACAGAUUGCUGCUUUAACAGAAGGCGAUCAUCACUUCCUAAUUCACUGGUUAAAAAAGAUGUCACAGAAAAGAUUCAAACAGGUGAUAGACAGACUGCUGCAGUUCAUUUCUUUACGUCUAUUCCCUGCAAAACCAGAAGAAUUGCCUCCUAUGGAGAAGUGUACCUGGUGGAUUCCAUCGGCAACCAAAGUCUUGUCUUUAUUUAACGCUUCAAAUAGUCUAGUUAAUCCUCCAGUUAUUCCAUAUACGGAUUUCUAUAAUUCUACACUGGAUCAUAUUGAUCUCAUGGAAGAAUAUCAUAAUUGGCAGUGUUAUGGAAAUUCUCAUAGGUUUUCCUUCUGUCAAUACCCAUUCAUUAUUUCUAUAGCAGCAAAAAAGAUUAUUAUUCAAAGGGAUUCGGAACAACAAAUGAUAAAUAUUGCACGGCAAAGCCUUGUGGACAAAGUCUCUCGGAGGCAGAGACCUGAUAUGAAUAUGUUAUUCCUAAAUGUGAAAGUGAGAAGAAUGCACCUAGUUAGUGAUUCAUUGGAUGAGCUGACAAGGAAGAGAGCAGAUUUGAAAAAGAAAUUGAAAGUUACGUUUGUAGGAGAAGCUGGUCUUGACAUGGGUGGCCUAACAAAAGAAUGGUUUCUUCUUUUAAUUCGACAGAUUUUUCAUCCAGACUAUGGCAUGUUUACAUAUCACAAGGACUCUCACUGUCAUUGGUUUAGCAGCUUGAACUGUGAUAAUUACUCUGAAUUCCGAUUGGUUGGAGCUCUGAUGGGACUAGCUGUCUAUAACAGUAUCACUCUGGAUAUUCGAUUUCCACCAUGCUGUUACAAAAAGCUGCUCAGUCCUCCCAUUGUACCAUGUGACCAGAAUACACCUGUAGGAAUUGGUAGCGUUACUAUUGAUGAUCUAUGUCAGGUUAUGCCGGAGCUAGCUCAUGGACUAAAUGAGCUUCUAUCCUAUGAAGGGAAUGUUGAAGAAGACUUUUAUUCAACCUUCCAGGUUUUUCAAGAAGAAUUUGGAGUCAUAAAAUGUUACAACCUAAAGCCCAGUGGGGAUAAAAUUCCAGUUACCAAUCAGAAUAGAAAAGAGUAUGUGCAGCUUUAUGUAGAUUUCCUUCUCAACAAAUCAAUCUACAAACAGUUUUCAGCAUUUUAUUAUGGAUUUCACAGUGUCUGUGCUUCAUAUGCAUUGGUGCUGCUUCGUCCUGAAGAGGUUGAAAUUCUAGUUUGUGGAAGUCCUGAACUGGAUAUGCAUGCUCUCCAGAGGCACACGCAAUACGAUGGCUACCAGAAAACUGAUCUUACUGUCCGGUAUUUCUGGGAAGUAGUACUUGAAUUUCCUCUUGAGCUUCAAAAGAAGCUCCUGCAUUUUGCUACAGGAAGUGACAGAGUGCCUGUAGGGGGAAUGGCUGACUUGAAUUUUAAGAUUUCAAAGAGCGAAGCAUCAACAAACUGGUUACCUGUUGCCCACACAUGCUUCAAUCAGCUCUGCCUGCCUCCUUACAAGACGAAAAAGGAGUUGAAGCAAAAGUUGACAAUUGGAAUUUCAAAUGCAGAAGGCUUUGGUUUAGAAUGAGAAGACUUGAAUAGCAUAGCAAAUGUAGCACUCGCUUUUCUCUGAUUGUGCCUUUAAAGCUUUUCAUGUUUUGGGGUAGUAUCCAAACUUAAUCCUAUGUCGAGUAAACCCAUUGAAGUGAAUGGAACUUAAGUUAGUCAUGACUAACUUAGCUCUCAUUCAUUUCAAUGGGUCUGCUCUACAUAGGACUAACAUUGGAUACUGUCCUCUGUCUCUUAAUCCUUACCUAGAACUGUGUGGAACUGUUGUUUUUUUAAAAGAAACAGUGCACUCAUUUUUCUGUAUAGAAAUACAUUUACUCUUUCUUACAGAAAUUUUGUAAAAUAUUCAUAGUAUUUACAAUACUUGAUAGAGGAAAGUUGCCAAGGCUGUCAGAUUUGAGUUUACAUAUUUGAG